AUGCCCUCUCUCACCUUAACCGACCCGGAUAUGAUCCUGCCCUACGGCAGCGAACGACAAUCCCAAACACCCUCCCCGCCUUCCCAACUCGUCUACCUGUCCAACCUGAACGCCCGUUACAACUCCGCAGACCCUCAUGCCGUCAGCUCGGGAAGCAGCGCCCGCCCGAAGAAGAAUUUUUCGCGCUCGGCGUGGACACAUGAGGAUUUGAGCACGAGCGCGAGUCGCAGGUUGUCGGAUAUUGGGGAGGAAUUGUCGCCGGCGCGGUCGGUGGGCUUUGAUGAGCAGGAUGAGCAGGGACAGUACCAGGGACAGUACCAGAGCCAAGGUCAGGGCCAAGGUCAGGGCCAGUAUACGGGAUAUACAGGCGCGGAAACACAGGGUCUGACGAGUUGGCCUGGUUUGCCAGACUCGAAUGAGAAUGAGAAUGAGAACGAUAACGCGAGUAGCUCCAGCUCGACGGUUAGUGCGGGGAGCAGGCACGCGAGGGAUGUGUCCAAGUCACACGAGUCAAUCUCGAGUCAGGGAAAUGGUCAGAGCCAAAGUCUGGCCCAGGCUCAGGCUCAGGCUCAGGCUCAUGCGGUUCAGGAACGGGAACCAGAUCUGGUUCAGGGCGCAUCGAAUGAAAUAAAGGGUAUUCCCGAUAAAAAUACCAUCGCCUCGGCUGUGAAGGGCAAGGGUCCUGGCGACGAAUUCUCUUCGGCGAUUUUGAGCAGUGAAGCCGAGAGGAUUUUGGAUAAUGCGAAGAAACGAUUGACGUUAAUGGAAGGGAACCUCAACCGAGCACGUUCAACAGUGCGCGCCACACCCUCGCCCUCGCCCUCGGCGCAAGGAAAUACCUCGCCGAUGGGAAUGCCGGUCGGUGGUUUGUAUCGUUCCAUCUCCAAGACAGACCCGGGCCGGCGAAGUUCGACGCUGCGCCGACAGUCCUACGUCCCGCCGCAAGAUGGUUCGAAUCGGCAUUCACGCGUGCACAGCGAGACGAAUUUCCCGCCGGAAUCGAGUCUGUCGUCAGACACGAAGAAAGUAUCUCGUUCUGUCAGCGCGAUGGGAUCUAGCAGCUCGAGUUUCCACAAUGAUGACCGGUCAUUCCAAUACGCGCCGACGAGAGCGUACCUCACGCACCGCGCAUCUAUAUCUUCUAUUCGGCCGGCACACCUCGAAGCGCUAGCCCAGUCGCACUCAAAUUCAUACGACAAUUCCCCACAGUCCCCGCAGUCUGCGAGGUCAAGACAAUCGGGACACUCGCCUAUGGCCAGCCACUCGCCAGUCUCGAUCUCUCACGAGGGUAGUUCCCAAGACUCACCGCAGGGCUUGGGGAUAUCCGCCGAAGAUGAAUCCAGAUCGACCAAUGGGGGUGAUUUCAGCCCUGUCUACAGCUCAUAUGGACCGCCCAGUCGCGCCCAGUCUCAACUGCAGGUUCGCGAUCUCCAGUACCAAAUGAAGGGCCUCCAUAUCAAGAUCUCCUCCCUGAAAGUCCGGAGCCAGGAGGAUAAUUUGCGCCGGCGCAGUCUGCAAAGUCUGCGUACGCCGAGUCCCCUGACUGCCGCGGAUCCCUGGUAUCAGAAUGGCCUCGAGGUCCGAGAUGGCACGAGUAGUCGUGGCUCCAAUGCGCGCGAGUCUCGUCCUCACAGCCAGAAUCUCACCAAGGAGAACCACUCCCCGCGAGAAACCGACGAGAGUCAUGCGCACCAGUCACAGUCGCAGUCGCAAUCACAAUCACAAUCGCAGUCACAAUCGCAGUCACAAUCGCAGUCCAAACGUGCUAGCUCUACCUGGCAAGACCACCAAUCAGUCUACCACGACAGUAGAACGCAAUCCACAGCACAAAGCAUGUACGAAGACGCCGAAGAGGGCUACUACGACGGCGAUAUAGACCGCGAGGCCCUAGACGAGAUCCUCCGCGAACCCCUCGACUCAGACCUCGAGAGUCAACUCGACUACCCCCAGAACGGAGAGGGCGUACCGCACGAAGAGCGCGAGGACGCGUUCGACUACGAGCAUUUCAUUCUGCACAGUGCGCUGGGCAACUAUUCCCGCCAACUUCGCCGGGCGAGUAGUGCGUCUCGCGAAUCGGCUGAGACGACUCGACCUGCUCAUAGGCCGGUGCAGCAUUCGCGGACUAACAGUAAUAUGUCUGAUUCGACGGUUGCUACGUUUGCCACUGCCACUGAGGGGGAGAUGCCCGAAGAGGAGGAUGAGGUUAACAGCGUGAUGUAUUGGGAUCGUCGAUUUAACCACGAACUCCGCCAUCGCCACGUCGAAGAACCUAUCCCGGAAACAGACCGAUCUGAAACCCCGCGCGGCCCACGAGGCAGUGAAAGAGACGGCGAAACCACCCCCGUCGAAGGCCAAUACCUCGACGCAAAUGGGAAUGGCAGGUCUUCGUCCGCGACGACCGGGUCCGCAACCCCAACUUCUCUCGUCUCCUCGCUUGUGUCUACGGUUCGCGCGGCCUCGGCUUCGAGUCCGCACCCUGGCUCUGCGACGCCGACUCAGUCUGGCGGUGGUAUUAAUGAUGAUGAUACGCAGAUGCUGGAGCAGUUGUUUUCGAGUCUGGGAAAUGUUUGUAUGGAUCUUCAGGCUAUUACGACUUCUCCAGAGCCGGAUCUUAAGUCUGCGAAGAUUUUGAGGAGGCGGUUGGAUGCGGCGAGGAGGGUUUUGGAUGGGGAGCUGGAUACCUGA